GUGUAUAGAGCUCACAUCAGUCGCUAGCCUGAAUUCGAACGCGUAGCACCUCGGUCGGGAAAGAAAAAAGAAAAAAUAAAAGGAAAACAUGGAGAAGAAUUUUUCCUACGACUAUCAGCAGCCUCAGGGCCCUGCUGCUCCGCCCAGCUAUGACAACACUCAGCAGGUCUAUCCCAACAUUAACCAGCCACAGCCGAUUAUGACACAACCUCAGAUUAUGCAAGCACCUCCUAAUGUAUUGGGUGGGGUUCCAUCCAUGGCCACCUGUCCGAGCUGCGGAGUCCGUAGGCAAACGAAAGUCGAAUUCGAGCCCAGUACCAAGACCCAUUUGCUGGCUCUUCUAAUCUGUAUGCUUGGGGGCAUUUGCUGCUGCUGCAUUCCAUAUUGCACCGACUCCUGCCAGUCGGCCAAACACACCUGCAGUAGCUGUGGCGCCUAUGUGGGCACAUACAAGAACUAGGAAUGUUAGAACCCGAAACCAAAUAUAAAUUCAAAGAAACUUUAAAUUUCCCAAAAUAUAUACAACUAUGAUGUCAUUCAAAUAUGCUCGGACGAGGUCAUGCAUUCCUAAUAGAUUUUCACCACCUCUUUAUCGAUGUUUGGAUACAGAUUUUGCGCACCGACAUAGCAUUUGUAAAGCAUAAUUUUAAAUUCGAAUUGAAAUAAAUAAACAAACUCAAAAACAA